AUGGGUAAGGUUCACGGCUCUCUCGCCCGUGCCGGUAAGGUCAAGGCUGCCACUCCUAAGGCAAGUACUCCCUCCGAACCCUCCAAGCGCCACCCUACGAAGCCUACAGAUGUCACGACCAUCUGCUCGGUUGAGCCCCAGGAGAAGAAGAAGAACCCCAAGGGUCGCGCCUACAAGCGCAUCCUGUACACCCGCCGCUUCGUGAACGUUACCAUGACUGGUGGCAAGCGCAAGGUACAUACCGACUGA